UUGCCGAUCUACAUCAAAACGCUGCGUUUUGUGCUUUUUUCGUUGUACUAGCAUAAUUUUCUUGCGUUAUUUACCUUUAUGCCCCUUAGUAGUCUUUACUCGUUUAUGCUUUAGAACCCAAACCCUAACCCGAUUCGACUUCCCCACAUCCAAAAUUAGAUACCAUGUUCAUUGAAUUCCUCGUCUCAGCUGUUUCUUUACGUUCGAUUCACUGAGCCUCGGCACGGGCGGGUUCCCUGAUGCACAUUUUGAAUUCCGUUUGCGUAUCGGUCUUCGAGUUUUCCGUCGGCGGCCAUGGACGACGCGUUCAAGGAGGAGAUAGAAAUCGGGAGCUCGGUGGAGUCGUUGAUGGAGCUAUUGAAUUCGCAGAAGGAGAUUUUCCACAGCCAGAUCGAUCAGCUCCAAGAUGUCGUCGUUACGCAAUGCAAACUCACCGGCGUUAACCCCCUCGCGCAAGAAAUGGCUGCUGGUGCUUUGUCUAUUAAAAUUGGAAAGCGGCCAAGAGACUUACUGAAUCCAAAGGCAGUUAAGUAUCUGCAAGCAGUUUUCGCAAUUAAAGAUGUUAUAAGUAAGAAGGAAUGUCGGGAGAUAAGUGCUCUAUUUGGCAUCACUGUUGCCCAGGUUCGAGACUUUUUUGUUACUCAAAAGACAAGAGUAAGGAAACUGGUGAGGCUUUCAAGGGAGAAGGUAAUGCUGUCCAAUACGCAUGCUUUACAAGGUGAUGGCGUUCCGGAAGAGAACAACGCCAUACCUCAUGUUGAUCCCGUUCCCUUGAACUCUAUGGAUCCAGAGGCAUCGUCUAUAAGUUGGGGUGAAGGUGAAACAGUGGCUCUUAUGCCAAAGGAGGAGAUUCCACCUGACAUCAGUGAUUCAGACAAAUAUUUUGUUGAGAAUAUAUUUUCUCUGCUGCGUAAAGAAGAGACAUUUUUGGGCCAGGCGAAAUUGAUGGAGUGGAUUAUGCAGAUACAAGAUUCUUCUGUGCUGAUCUGGUUUUUAUCAAAAGGAGGGGUUUUGAUACUUACAACAUGGUUGAGUCAAGCUGCAAUUGAAGAGCAAACAAGUGUCUUACUUCUUAUCCUGAAGGUUCUUUAUCACUUGCCUCUCCAUAAAGCAUCUCCUGAAAAUAUGUCAGCCAUAUUACAAAGCGUCAAUGGACUUCGUUUCUAUAGGACACCAGGUGAAGAUAUUCUUAGUCUAUCAAAUGGAAGGUCAGAGAACGGCAGGAGGGUUAAAUCGUCACAGGGUCCAAAACUGUUGCUUAUGUCUGCCGAUGAUUCCACCAAGAAACACAUGCUUGAUAACAAAGAACGCAGGAAAGUUCAGAUGGUGGAGCAACCAGGCCAAAAAGCUGCUGGAAGGAGUCCCCAGACGGUUAGAAUAGGAACUUCAAGUCGGAGCCGCCCUAUGUCAGCUGAUGAUAUACAGAAAGCGAAGAUGCGUGCUCUUUAUAUGCAUAGCAAGAAUAGUAAAAAGGAUCCUUUACAAAGUGUGAUUGGUGAUUCGAGAACCAUUGAUCCUGAGAAGCCCUUGGCAAUUCAGUCAGCCAAGGAUUCUCCACCUAGUCAGAGCAAUGAAGCGAAGACUGAAGACACACCUGAACCUUCUGCUGUUCAGCCUGUGAUUUCACCGGCUGCAAAUGUUCCAGUACAAGCUGAUGAAUUUAAAAAACCUUCGACACCUCCUAAAAGCGUUUCUAGUAAAGUGGGAGUUUUGUUGAAAAUGAGUCCACAAACAAUUCUAAAGAAUUGCAAGAGAAAACAGAUUGAUUGGCAUGUACCACCAGGAAUGGAACCUGACGAAACCUGGAAAGUAGUGGCUGGUGGUGAUAGCAAGGAGGCUGAUGUUCAGAAAAACCGAAACCGGCGAGAAAGAGAAACAACAUAUCAGUCUCUUCAAACUAUACCCUUGAAUCCUAAGGAACCAUGGGACAGGGAAAUGGACUUUGAUGACAGUUUGACACCUGAAAUCCCGUCUCAGCAGCCACCAGAAGAAAGUGUAACAGAAUCUCAGGAUUCACUUGAUGAACGGCGAACUGCUGCUGGUGCUGCCACGACCUCUUCAUCUCAAAGUAGUUCCAUGGAACCUGAUCUCGAGUUAUUAGCCGCGUUACUUAAGAACCCGGAUCUUAUACAUGCGCUGACCUCUGGUAAUCCCGGUAAUUUAGCCGGCCAAGAUAUGGUAAAACUGCUUGAUGUGAUUAAAACUGGUGCACCAAAUUCAAGCACUAGCUCAUAUAAGAUGAAGGUUGAAGAAAAGGUUGAAGUUUCCCUUCCAUCUCCCACUCCAUCAACCAAUCCUGGAAUGAGUGGGUGGGGCCAAGAUGCGAUUCGGAAUCCAUUUUCAAGGCAAAACCAAGUUGGUGCCGCAGUUGCUAGAUUGAGUACUCAGCUUCCUGCUGCUUCAACGCAAUGGCAAUCAUCAAACGAACAGUCGAUCCUUCGACAUGCUCCAUCAGCAUAUAACUCACUCACAGAAAGACAACAACAACAACAACCAAUGCAACCAAGACUUCAUCAGGGUCAAAAUCUUCAACAACAACAACAACUAAACUCGUACGCGGUUAGGGAAUCAGUAGGACAAAUGGGCACAGCUACUUCGGCCUCAUGGAGAUCCCAGCAGAGUCAAAAUAGUUACUAUUCACAUCAAGCAAACGGGAUUGCAUCGGCUUCUUCUUACCAAGGGAAUGAGCAGUACAUGAGUAGUAAUGAUCCAGGAUUUGAAUCUUGGAGUCCUGAUCAUAGCCCAAGUAAGAACCAUCCUAACAUGAGGGGACAACAACAUCAACAAGCACCAUCGAGGAAACAUGAUUCUUCUUCUCAUCCUUAUUGGAACCAAAACAAAAGAUGGCGUUAAAACAUAUAUGAGAUUUUGCUUCUUUUGAUAUCCAUUACUUGUUUCUGUCGGUUCAACUACCAUUUUGCUGUCUUCAGACAUACAUUUUGAUUGUUAACUCACAUAAGAUUCGUAAGAGAUAAUAAAUUAAAGAAGGAACCAUGACCAGUGUCAAUUUUAUGUCAA